AUGUUCGCCUCACAGCUCGUCCUUGUCGCCGCCCUCGUUAGUUCUGCUUCUGCGGCCCUUACCGUGCUCACCCCCAAUACCGACACUUGGUGGGUUGCCCAGUCCGAGAAUGUCUUCUCCUGGUCCUGCACCGACUCCCCUUCGCAGACUUUUACAGUCCUUAUCGGUAACCAAGACAUUAAAAUCCUCACUCAGCCCCAAGCCGUGAUCGCUAUCCAGAACAACGCAGACUGCUCAAAGGCCAUCACCCAGCAGCAAGCCAACUUCACCGCUGCAUCGGGCUACUUCCUCCAACUUGCCAACCCGCUCAACCAAACUGAUGUCUUCGCUCAGUCGGAGCCAUUCGAAGUUCGCCCGCUUGGUGCUGCGUAUCCAGCAACGACAUCAGCAGCAUCACCCAACACUGCGUCUGGCUCUGCGUCUGGCUCAGCUGCUUCGGCAGCAGCCACUCAGCCUGGCAACAACGGUGCUGCCUCGCUCAAGGUCUCUGCUGCUGCUCUUGUCGGCAUGGCUGCCGGUUUCGCAUUCCUGGCUUGA